AAACGCGAACGCGCUUUGCUUACACAUUAGGCGCGUUUCUCAAAGAUAAAAAGGGCGCCAAAACUCGCAAAUUAAAAGCGCGCCUGUUAUUUGUACUUUGUGAUGUACCAGUCUUGUUGUUACUGUUCAUCGUACAUGACCACGUUUACAACACACUUUCCGUUGUAAUUUAUUUUUCAAGUUUCAUUUAUUUUUUAAACAUGGAAAUAUUAAAUGAUAUUGAAGCUGCGUGUGUUAUUUUCGCACUAUACGAGGAACACGAACUUAAAAAGAAGGAAAAAUAUAAAGGUAAAAGACGACAUUGGGUCCAUCCUCUCAAUCUAAAAAGGCCAGAAAAUGGUCAGUUUCAGGUAACAUUUAUGACUCUACGCAGUUACCCAGAAGAAUUUUUUAAAUAUUACCGUAUGUCGAUAACAUCGUUUGAUGAGUUGAUAUCGCUGAUAGGACCUAAAUUAUCAAAACAGCAUACUGGUUUGCGUGUGCCAAUUUCACCGGAAGAACGAUUGACCGUAACAUUAAGGUAGACAAUUUUUAAAUAAAAAUAAAGAAUGUAGACAUAAGUAUUUUUUAAUUUUU